AUGAUUAACGAGAGCCACAAUGUUAACUACUUAGGCGCUACUUUAAAUUUUGGUUCAUUUUUUUUCAAGACGUUCAAAAUUUUGUCUGUAAGUUCUAAUUCUAGUUCCGCGCAGGCAUGGAGCAGCCAGAAAUCUUUCAAUUGCAUGCCCUGCUCUAUGACAUACGUUUCUGAUGCAUAUCCCGGCACCUUGACGCCACCGCUUGCUCAACAUAUUGACUUAGCUGACGUACCUGAUUCUUCUGACUUGUGCAAAGGACUCACUAAUGACCCUGAUGUGCCUGUGCUUUUGGAAUCGCACCGGCAACUUGUUGGUGAAGGUUCCCACCGCCGUCUUGUCUAUUCCAUGAAAUUUGGUAACAGCGAAGAUACUUUGGUAAAAUUCCUUGAUGGCUAUGAUGCGAAUCUUGUGAUAAUUGAGAGCCUCCCUAGUGGGGUCUUUGUUGACCCAUUCGAGCUACAUCAUUUUGUUGAACGAAAAGGUGAGAGAAAACUCUGA